CUUUCACAAUGGCUAUCGCAGGCUCCAAGGUUCUCUUGCUGGGCUCCGGCUUCGUGACCAAGCCCACCGUCGAGGUUCUCAGCAAGGCCGACGUGCACGUCACCGUCGCCUGCCGCACGCUCGAAUCCGCCCAGAAACUCAGCGAGGGGUUCAAAAACACGACGGCGAUCUCGCUGGACGUUAACGACGAUGCGGCGCUCGACCAGGCGCUGGCGAAGGUCGACCUGGCCAUCUCGCUGAUCCCCUACACCUUCCACGCGCAGGUCAUCAAGGCCGCCAUCCGCACCAAGAAGCACGUUGUGACGACCUCGUACGUCUCGCCGGCCAUGAUGGAGCUGGACCAGGCCGCCAAGGAGGCCGGGAUCGUCGUCAUGAACGAGAUCGGUCUGGACCCUGGAAUUGACCACCUCUACGCCGUGAAAACCAUCUCCGAAGUCCACGCUGCAGGCGGCAAGAUCACGAGCUUCCUAAGCUACUGCGGCGGCCUGCCCGCCCCGGAAUGCUCCAACAACCCGCUGGGCUACAAGUUCUCCUGGUCGUCGCGGGGCGUACUCCUCGCCCUGCGCAAUGCGGCCAAAUUCUACCGGGACGGGGAGGAAUUCAGCGUGGCGGGCCCAGACCUCAUGGCCACGGCGAAGCCGUACUUCAUCUACCCGGGGUUCGCCUUCGUCGCGUACCCGAACCGGGACUCCACCCCGUACCGCGAGCGGUACAGCAUCCCCGAGGCCCAGACCGUGAUCCGGGGUACCCUGCGGUACCAGGGCUUCCCCGAGAUGAUCAAGACGCUUGUCGACAUCGGCUUCCUGGACGACACCCCGCAGGAGUACCUGGCCCCGGGCGCGAAGAUCAGCUGGAAGGAGGCGACCCAGAAGAUCCUGGGCGCCACUUCCUCCUCCGAAAAGGAUCUGGAGUGGGCGAUCGCCAGCAAGACGCAGUUCGCCAACAACGACGAGCGCAACCGCAUCAUCUCCGGGCUGCGCUGGAUCGGUCUGUUCUCCGACGAGGCCACCAGCCCCCGCGGCAACCCGCUGGACACGCUGUGCGCCACGCUGGAGCAGAAGAUGCAGUAUGCCCCCGACGAGCGCGACCUCGUCAUGCUGCAGCACCGCUUCGAGAUCGAGCACAAGGACGGCGCCAAGGAGACCCGCACCAGCACCCUGUGCGAGUACGGUGUGCCCGGCGGCUACUCCGCCAUGGCCAAGACGGUCGGCGUCCCCUGCGGUGUCGCGGUCAAGUUGGUGCUCGAUGGCACUAUCAACCAGAAGGGUGUCAUCGCUCCCAUGACCAUGGAUAUCUGCACGCCUCUCAUCAAGGCCCUCAAGGAGGACUACGGUAUCGAGAUGAUCGAGAAGACUCUGUAAACAGGUUCUUUUCUCUCGCGCGCGCGUGUGUGUGUGUGUGUGUUACGAACUCAAUUAAUGACGUGAAAUUGGCCCGCGGUGGUUUAGAUAACGGCAACAAAAGGAUAGGGUAGAGAAAAAAAAAACCAUACUAUUCAACCCAGUCAUACUUAUAUAUUCCC